ACAUGAAACUUUUAUUUUAAUAUUUUUUUUCUAUGUUUUAGUCAUAUAAGACGAUUUGUAAGAGAAAACAGAUUUUAGUUUUGGUAAAGCGUCAUAAUUAGAAAUCUAUUAAAUAAUAUUCCAAAUGUCUCCCAUGCAUAAUUAUUCCACUAUACUUUUCCUUAAAAAGUCAUUAUUAAUUGAGUGGAUUUUCACCCACCUUAAUUUAAAACGCCCCUUGAACCAUAUAAGAGCGGAUCAAAAUCUCCCAUCCCUCAACCACACACCUCCACAAUAACAAUAACCAAAAGAAGGAAAAUGGCAGUCGCCGCCACCAAUAAAUCCGCCGUAUUGACCGCAGUCCUCUUACUGGCAUUGGCUCUCUCCGGCGCCGGGGCCGGCGCACCAUCUCCGUCGGCCACCGUCGAGUUCUCCAACGAGUACUAUAACCCGCUGGAUUUCGACUGUUACAAGGGCGGGGCGGCGGACGGAGUAGCCCCGGGCAAGAGCUUUUCGUUUGAAAUUCAUAAUCUGAAAUACAAAAACGAGAACGCGUAUAUAUGUAACAUUUACGACGACACGGUGGCUACUCUCCAAAGCCGGGGGUAUGAUCGGGCGACCUCCGUUAGGGGUGACAGUAGUGUCGUGAGGGGUCCUAUGGCAGCAGCGUUCGGGCAGCAGUAAAUCAAGGCAGCGGGCUGAGUUUGGACAACGAAUAGGUUCAGACAACAGUGGUGAUGGUGUCGUGGCAGCUUGGCAAUCAAUUCCGCUGACGUUUGAAUGGUCAUGACCUCAGCAGAGUGGGUUUUUUCAUACAGGACGAUUUGAGUUGCAGGCGUAACAAAUGGGGAUAGUUGGUUUUUUUGUUGGCGGUGGAACUGACAAAAAUGAUACAUUGCGUUAUCAUUUCAAUCUCACAGCUUUUGGUGACUGCUUUCUUAAGUUUAAGAAUUACAAUUUGUAUAAUUGAGCUGAUACUCGCGUCCUAAACAUGUCCAAUUAUGCAUGCUCAUUGGUACCAAAUACAGGGAAAAACAUUUCUGCUUGCAUUAUGGUACCUAAUUGAUGACUUCAUUAAAAAAAGGGGUUGAGUUUGGUUUUAAGCACUUAUUGUGGUGAAUAGUUGCUGCUAUUGUUUGGAGGAGCUAAUGAUUUCUGUUAUAAGAAUGAUAUUGCUUUGAACUACGGACUGCUUUUAAUUCUUUGACAUACGGAGGAGCUGUCAGCGAAAACUAUGUUGGGUAUAUCCAUUAGCGUACCUUCAUUGAGAGGUUCUCAUUAUCUCGUCAAUUUGUGAUGCUAGUGAAAGAGUUUGAUCUGGAAACAAUACUUGAUCAUUAGUUUGGUUGGUGGCAUGUUCAUGGACCUCCCUAUCCCGUGGGUUUCUCGUACCGCACGUGAUUUGUUGGUUGUUCCAUAGUCUGCAUUUAGUGUCGGUGGUCGUCAUCUUGAUGCAUUUCAAACAUCUUUAACCCCUGAGGUUCGGUACCAUUACGGUUCGGUAUGGUACCAUGCUAAUUCGGUUUUUUUGCCCACCCCUACCUGAAUGACGAGCUUGGGUACUUAAAUACUUGCCAUUUCCACUAGCAUGCUGUUGGCUUUUUUUUCCAACAAAGUAUCGAUCUUUAUUUGGCUCCACCUGAAUUCAAUUGCAUUGCGUUGAAUUUUCUUGGGCCUUGUAUGAAUUAUUUGCUUGCAGCAUGGAACAGCAGUAAUGUGAGAUAAACUGUACAUCUAUGGGGUGCUUGAUUUGAACUCUUGGACUUGGCAUAAGCUCAUUGGCACUGAUUCGGGAGAAAAAGCAUGUGAAAGCAAGUCGCAGUGAAUAUUUAAUGAAAGCCCAUUCAUUGAUAGCUUGGAAGGAAAGGCUUCUUUUAAUUGUCAGACAUACAAUGGACCCAUCAGAGAAAACCAUCUUGGCUGAAGAGAUUAGGGCUCAACACAGAAGAAAGUCUACAUAAUACCGAAUCUAUACCAUCAUUCAAAUGGUUUGAAAUAAUCUGUUUGGAAUCAGGAAGCAUCCUCCAUCACCAAGAGCCAAUCAUGCUGCCGCAUUACAUAAGGAGCAAUGUUGUCUAAUCUUUGGUGGUCUUUCCCGCUAUAUAUGGGUUGGUGAGCUCUAUGUUGAUCUUGAAAAUCCCCUUCUCGAUGUCCCCUCUCUGUCUAGGGUUUUUUCUCAGCGAACGGACUACGAAGAAGGGGAGGUUUCUCCAGGUUGCCUCGCCAUCUUUGUUUCAAAUGCCGGAAUGCUAAACCAUUGACGGCGUGGGAAUGGUUGAGACCCAAGCAGCAUGUGGAGAUUCCAGGACCAUGCUAUGGUCAUGCAGGUGCAACAAUUGGAGAUCGUUGGUUUAUUGUUGGUGGUGGCAAUGAAAGUGCUUGUAGAAAUAUUUCAAUAUUUAUAUAUUCCGAUUGCUUUGAACUACGGACUGCUUUUAAUUCUUUGACAUACGGAGGAGCUGUCAGCGAAAACUAUGUUGGGUAUAUCCAUUAGCGCACCUUCAUUAAGAGAUUCUCAUUAUCUCGUCAAUUUGUGAUGCUAGUGAAAGAGCUUGAUCUGGAAACAAUACUUGGUAAGAUUUCAUGACUUCAAGAGAUAUUCCGGUAUGUGCCUUCCACCCUUUAUAUUUAGUAUGUGUUUUGUAUAAGAGUACAAUUAUUGGGAAGCAUAAUUACCAUAGUUGUGAAAAGCCUGUGUGAGGCAUAUAGCUUUGUACAGGAGGUGUGUUCAUAAUCGUGAAUCAUUGCAUUUGUCGAUGUGACCCAACAAAUGUUGGGAAGGGUU